GGGAUGUAUCAACUUAUAAAGAUAUCGGAACAUCUUAAAGGAAUGAGCGUACCAAAUCCCCGGAUGAACAUGCGAUUUGUUUCACAGUGUAGACUAGAAUACUGAGUAGUUAGGCAUUACUUGAUUGGCUGAAUCCAGAAUGGAUGAAAUACCAAGGAUAUCAGAUGUUGUUUACAGAAAUAUGUGCAGCAUAGUAGGUACACCUACAAUAAUAAUAAUAAGAAGAGAUUUGACGGAUAUUAAGGAACGUUUAAGAGCGCCCGCGGAAAAAAGUCAAGGAUAUAGAAGAAUUCUCAGUGGAAGUAAAAAAGAGGGAUUUCGUUCCCAAACAUCCGACUACGACUAUAUGCACUGGCCGACUGAUCAGCAUGUUAUAUGUGAUCUCAAAGAUGCACACAAAUACAGCGCAGGGUGUACUCUGAUUCUAAUGGAGUAUUCUGACAACCUUCCGGGAUUUGUAAUGUUAAAACUACUCACUCGCACAGGUAAUUGGUAUAUUAUAUUAUCCAGUACUAGGAUUAAUGAUGGAUUAUACAUUUCAAGUGCAAUGUACAGAGAAAAUAAAUUAAAGGAAGUCUGGCAAAACUCUACUCAUCAUGGACCUUGCGCAACCGUAAGAAUUGUUGAUAUUGAAUGUGACUCUGCCCAUUGUUUUGCCUGUAAAGACUGGCCGUCGAUCGCUUAUUCUUUUAUUCAGAGAAGUCAGACUCAGGGAUGGCCAUUGAACAAUGUUUUAAGAGAUAUCAUCAACUCAGGUUGCCAUGUUGUACCAAUAGGAUUCAAAGGAUCACCUCAGGAAGAUUGUGAAUGGAGGAUUUCAUUCUCUGUAGCUGAACAGAAACUUGUAUGGUGUAUGAAUCACACACAGUUUAUGUGUUAUGGAUUGUUGAAAUUAUUUUUAAAAGAGGUCCUCACUGUAAAAGAUACAAAUGGACAACCAUUGCUCUGUUCAUAUUUUAUGAAAACAACUUUGUUUUGGGUUAUUCAAAAUAAUACUGAAUUAGACUGGACCUCCUCCACCUUGUUGUCAGGAUUUUGGUUGUGUUUCAAAUUUUUAUUGUCAUGUGUGCAUCGUGCUUAUCUUCCAAAUUUUUUCAUUCCUGAAAACAACAUGUUUAUCACAAAAGUAUUUGGACAUUCACAGCAGAUAUUGUAUGAACGGCUUUUUGAUAUAUACAAACUAGGAAUUUCAUGCCUGUUUAAUUGCAAGUCACUCAAAGAUUGCUUCACUAAAGCAGUUUGCAACAGGCUAUACGUAUUAAGUACGGCCGAAUCAGAUAUUGUAUCUGAGAUAACCAUCGACGCUUGUAUUUUUCAGGAAAUUCAUUGGUUAUGCACUUUUCUCAGUCUUUGCACUAAUACUUUACACUGUUUUACUAUUCUGCACUCCGCAGUCGGGUUCUUGAAUGACUCCGGCAUUACUGCGUGGAAGCGUGUCGCUCUCAGGAAAUUCAUCUCAACAAUUCUCAGAUGUGCUGUUUACCAUUUACUCAGUACAUCCAGCACCACACACAACAAAAGCAGAUUAAGAACUAUGUAUGUGUGUUUGAAUAUAUUAAAAGUUUGUCCAAAUAUGGGGUGUAUUUCUGAUGGAAUUUAUCUGGGUUUAUUCCUGUUCUCAGUCGGUAAAAAUGAGGAAGCGAUUACAAAAUUGACAAUGAUAAAAAGAAUUCUUACACAACCUUACAUCAUGCAUGUUGAUGUUAAAGAUCAACAGGGGUAUAUUGAUGAAGUGGGAAGACUACCGCUAAGCGAGAAAAUGAGGAAAGCUGUCGCUAUGAGCAUUGAAUUAAAUAUUCCUAUGAUAAAAGAAUUAGAAUUAGAAUGUAGAAUGACAUUAUUACAUGCUAUUUUUGUUCCCCCAUACGUGAUGACACUGAUGUUGCUAGUGUUAAGUUAUUGUGAUAAGCCAGAUAAAAGACAGGAAGUUCUGAAAGAACUGUAUUCACUCCUCCAUUAUGACAAGAACCAUUAUAUUUUUGGCUUCUUCAGGGACAUAUCCUGGCAGAUUCUUGGAAUUUGUCAACAGAUUUGUGGAGAUUAUCAGGGGGCCCUUCUGUCUUUUCAAAAAUCUCUCAUAGCUACUCCAUUGCAUGGCAUCCAGGAGGCAACGUAUUAUAGAAUACAAGAUGUCCAGUAUAGAAAUCAAAAUUCCUGAGCAACAAGUUUGUAAUUGAUGGACAAUGUUAUCAAACGUACCAAAAUUUAGCCAGCAUUUCUUUAUAUUUUAUUUGUUUAAACUCUACUUUUUAUUCAGAAGCAUUAGUGUACAGAUGCUGAUAGAAUUGAUCAUUUUUAUGAAUUAAGCUUAAUUCAGAUUAUGGAUUCGGUUUACAUUGGAAAUAUGCUGUGAACUUUUAUAAUUGAUUACGUCAACAUUUUUCGCUAUUUUGUCACUUUGCUUUUUAUUUGCAACUUUGAAUAUUUGUCGACAACAAACAAUUUUUGAAUUUUUGCAACAUUUCAAAUGAAAUUUCUCUGCAGAAAGAUUUUUUUAUUAAUGACUAUAGUUCAAUGUACAAGCGUUAAAGCUGAGAAAAUAUUUAAUUAAAUACUGUGCAAAAACGUAAAAUAAUUAAUUUGUUCAUGUCAUUCUAUACUCUAGUAAUAGACAGUUUCGAUUUUAAGCAGACAAUUAUACAGUAUUAUGCUUAUGUUCUAAGUAUGUUGAACGAUAUCCAAAAACAAUCUCUCUCUCUUUCUCUUUCACUUACAUUUUCUUUUUAUAAACAGAUGGAACAAGUAAAGUAUAAAAAUUUAUUGAUAAUUAUCACAGUCAUAAUGUUUUUCAACUUUUAUCAGAAAUCAGUCGACAUAAAAAAACCUACAAAAAAGAUAUCACUUUCCCAUUGAAAUCUUUGUCAAAAUAUUGAGAAGUCAAAUGAUAGUCGAGUACUCAUUAUUCUCAUUAAUGCUUGAAACACGACAGCAAAUAGGUGUUUUUGUGUAUUAUUACUUCAUCAAUAAUGUCUUGUCAAAAUCUAUAGAAUGUAAACUUUGUAUUUAUACGUUUGUUUAUAAUGAAUCUUAUUAAACAUAAUUAAAACCAUCUUCUUGUAUCUAAUUGAAUGAAUUUUUUAAACACUUAAUGAUUUUAAAAAAAAUGAGAAUAUGCAUUCAAUAUCAAUAUCCAUUGUAUUUCAAUUUAUAUUAAAGCUUAAUUUACAAGAUCUUUUAUUUUAUACAAAAAAAGUAUAUUCACUUACUAUUUAUAUAA